UCUGCUCCAUCUAAAGCCCGGCUCUGCGAAGGGAGGGAUGCUCAGAGGGUUCCCAGAAGUGAGGAAGGGAGGUCUGGGGGGAGAACAGACGUCAGGGAGCCCUAAUAACGUCGGGGCAAGAUGAGCGCAGGGUUUCGGGGAGACAAACGGCGCCCCUGCUGAGUAAGAGCCAUGAACCUGUGGGUCUUGCUUCUCCUGGCUGUGGUGAACCUCGGACGAGCCACCUACAGGCCCCUGGAAAAACCUCCCUGUGAUAUGGUGGGCAUGGAGGUCCUGUGCCACAACCGGGGGCUCCUGCAGAUUCCUGCAGUCCUCCAUGCAGACAGCAAGGCCCUUGAUCUGUCUCAGAACCAGCUACAGAGCAUCUUGGAGACUCCAUUGAUCUUUUAUGCUGCCCUCCAACGUCUAGACUUAAGCUCCAACCAGAUCAGUUUCAUCCAGCCUGGAGUUUUUGCCAGCCUGUCUCAGCUUGAGCACCUCAACCUGGCCCAAAACCGCUUGGGACGGGCAUCCCCACACGAUGUCAAUGUGGGUAUUGGGCGUCUGCCUCGAGUGACUACCCUGGACCUCUCAGGCAAUGGUUUGUACAAUAGCCUGGCGGAGGCCUUCCUGGAGGAUGCCCCUGACCUGCUCACUCUCUCCUUGGCAGAGAACAGCCUCACCCGAAUCUCCCGCUGGACCCUGCAGGGAGUCCCAGCUCUCAAGGAGCUGGACCUGCAUAGCAAUGUGAUCAUGGAGAUUGAGGAAGGAGCCUUUGACACCCUGCCCAACCUUGUCCGCCUCAACCUCUCCAUGAACUCCAUCACCUGCAUUUCUGACUUCAGCCUCCCACAGCUGCAGUUCUUGGAUCUGAGCCGCAACAGCAUAGAGACCUUCCAGACUGCCACCACAGACCAGGAGUACCAGCUCUACUGGCUUGACUUGAGAGAAAACAAGCUAUCGCAGUUCCCCGACCUACCCAGGCGCAACCAGCUCAUUUACCUGAAUGUAUCCAACAACCUGAUCCAGAUGUACCCCACUUCCUCCCUCAGUGAUGGGGACCCCAGGAUGAAGGAUUGGCCCAGUGGACCCCAUCUGGACCCUGACCCAAGUGGGAAUGAUAGCUCCAUGGCCCUCUCCCACCUCUUGUUCUUAGACCUAAGCUAUAAUGAGAUUGAGGCCAUCCCGAAAGGAUUCUUGGAUCCCAUGACUUCUUUGCAAUUCCUCAACCUCAGCAGAAAUUGCCUCCGCACCUUUGAGGUGCAGCGAGAGCACUCCCUGCCCAGGCUGGACAUCCUAGAUUUGAGCCACAAUGACCUUCAGAGUUUCACCGUGGGUAUCCAUGAUCUAGCCAGCCUGCAGCAGCUCCACUUACAGCACAAUGCUCUGGCAGCCCUACCACCUCUCACAUUUGCCAGCUUCCCCAAGAUCCAACAAGUGGACCUACAAAGGAACUGGAUCCAGCUCUGUGGGGCCUCCCAGGACCUGGAGGAGCCAGCUGCCUCAGGCUGCGUUGUCUUCUCCAGCAUCCCCACCCUCCGGGCCCUGAACCUGGCGGGCAAUGCCAUUCAGAGGCUCCCAGCAGGUGCAUUCCGGCAAACCCCGCUGGUCACUUUGGACCUUUCAGCAAACCCAGGGUUAGAGGUCAUGCCUGGUGCUCUGGCUGGACUUGAAUCCUCCCUAGAGGUGCUGCAGCUCCAGGGGAAUGGCCUGGAUGCCCUUCAUGUUGACCUUCCCCGCUUCACUCGGUUGAAGCAGCUCAAUCUUUCAGAGAACCAGCUGAGCUGGCUCCCUGCCUGGACCUGGGAGGCUUCCCUUGAAGAGCUGGAUCUCCGGAACAACAGUUUCAGCCACCUUGAAAGCCGUGACAUGAGUGGCCUGGAGGGGAGCCUCCGGCACCUCUACCUGGCAGGGAACCCUCUGGCUUGCUGCGGCAACAGCUGGCUGGCAGCUGUGAUCCAGAGUGGGAGAGUGGACAUUGCCAACCUCGAGGAACUGACAUGCCGGCAUCCCGAGGACUUCAGCUCCCAGGAGCAUAUCCCCUUCCUCCACAUCCGCCCUGAGGACUGUGAGAAAGAGGGCCUCAAGAAGAUCAACGUGCUUAUCAUCCUCAUCUUUGCCCUGGUCUUGUCGAUCCUUCUCAUCAGCUUGGCUCUUUUCUGUCGCUUCUGCCGGCAGGAGUUUAACCAGCAUUUCAAAGCCUGAUCCCCAGAAGUGUUCCCAAGUCCCUGCUGCAGGGUCAUCCUCAGUUCUUGGGAAUGGAGAUAUGUGGCUUCACUGGGAUCCUGUAGACUCCAACCCUUCUUUUUAUAGAGGGGGCUCAGAGAGGUUAAGGGACUUGCCUGAGGCCACAUGUGGUCUAGAUCUCCUAGGAGGUUGGACACAUUUCCUUUUCCCAACUAGCCAUGACCUUUAUCCAUUCAGCUAUCCAUUUGCUGACCGUGUUCAGCAAACGUGGGGAUCCCUGAGCCUCUUGUUUUCCCAAGUCCCUGAGGCCUUUCCCCCACUAUCCUAAGAUCAUUUGAAGGGACCACAGAGAUGAUGUAGUUCAAC